ACUCUCACCAGAAAAGGACACUCAAUCUAACGAGAGAGGACGGACCAGGCUUUCAAAUGAGAAGCAAAAAGCAGCCAUCUUUUGGGAUUUCAUUAAUUUAUAACUUCAAUUAAUUACAAUAGUUGGGUUUUUAAGAACAACACCCACAGGUUAAUUGGAAAGAGAGUGAAGAUUUUGGAGAGAGGAAACAGAAAUGGCGGAAACAAAGAUAGUGCAUUCUCCCCUGGUCACUUAUUCGUCAAUGUUGUCACUUCUUACCUUUUGCCCUCCUUUUGUCAUUCUUCUAUGGUACACUAUGGUACAUGCUGAUGGAUCUAUAUCUCAAACUUGGUUAUACUUGAGGGAACAUGGGCUACAAGGUUUUGUUAACAUAUGGCCUAAACCCACAUUAGUUGCAUGCAAAAUCAUCUUCUGUUAUGGAGCAUUUGAGGCUGUACUUCACCUAUUGUUACCUGGGAAGAGGGUGGAAGGCCCUAUAUCACCCACAGGGAAUCGUCCUGUUUACAAGGCAAAUGGCAUGCAAGCAUAUUUUGUCACUUUGAUCACUUAUCUUGGGCUUUGGUGGUCUGAUAUCUUCAAUCCAGCGAUUGUUUAUGAUCAUUUGGGAGAAAUAUAUUCAACACUGAUAUUUGGAAGCUUCAUCUUUUGCAUCUUAUUGUACAUAAAAGGGCAUGUUGCACCAUCUUCAUCUGAUUCAGGUUCUUGUGGAAACUUCAUAAUUGAUUUCUAUUGGGGUAUGGAGUUAUAUCCAAGAAUUGGUAAGAACUUCGACAUAAAAGUUUUCACGAACUGCAGAUUUGGGAUGAUGUCUUGGGCAGUUUUGGCCUUGACAUACUGUAUUAAGCAGUAUGAGUUGGAUGGUAAGGUUGCUGAUUCCAUGCUGGUCAACACCAUUUUAAUGGUAGUGUAUGUCACAAAGUUUUUUUGGUGGGAAGCUGGGUACUGGAAUACCAUGGACAUUGCCCAUGAUCGAGCUGGGUUCUACAUAUGCUGGGGAUGCUUGGUGUGGGUCCCAUCAGUGUAUACAUCUCCGGGCAUGUAUUUGGUCAACCACCCUGUACAUCUUGGAAUUCAGCUUUCGCUUUAUAUUCUUGUGGCCGGUAUUUUGUGCAUCUUUAUCAAUUACGACUGCGAUAGACAGAGACAAGAAUUUCGCCGAACAAAUGGCAAAUGCUUGGUUUGGGGGAAACCUCCAUCAAAGAUUCUAGCCUCAUACUCUACAACAUCAGGGGAAACCAAGACUAGCCUUCUGUUGACCUCAGGAUGGUGGGGAUUAUCUAGACAUUUCCAUUACGUCCCAGAAAUAUUAGCUGCUUUUUUCUGGACAGUUCCUGCUCUUUUUAACCAUUUUCUUCCUUACUUCUACGUGAUAUUCCUCACUGUCCUCCUUGUGGACCGAGCUAAAAGGGAUGAUGACCGUUGCCGAUCCAAGUACGGCAAGUACUGGAAAACUUACUGUGACAAGGUUCGCUACAGGAUUAUACCAGGAAUCUAUUGAGAGUGUCAUUUGUACGUGUUGUAUUAUUUAAGUCGUUGCUAUGUAUCUUGUUAUAUCAUCGCUCAAUGUUGUAUUUAUAAAGUUUAAACAUUUGGUAGCGUAUUCUGUUGAUCAUGUGUAAAUAUUCAACUUCUGUAGUACCCCUUACAUUGGGCUCUUCUUCUUCCUUGUUUCUUUUCCGAAGAUACGAGGUUUGAUGUUUACUUA